GCCUGCAGAGGGCGCUGCGUCGCGGAGAGCCAGGGCGUGGCGCCACUCUAGACAGCGCCCAUGCUCGGUGGCAGGCGCUGCUGCUCCGUGUCCCCCACGCCUCCUCCCGGUGCAGGUUUCAAGGGCUCACCACUGGACCCCUCCCCUGUCCCGAACCUUGAGCCGGCACUAUGCACGGGCGCCUGAAGGUGAAGACGUCGGAAGAGCAGGCAGAGGCCAAAAGGCUAGAGCGGGAGCAGAAACUGAAGCUAUACCAAUCAGCCACCCAGGCCGUCUUCCAAAAGCGCCAGGCCGGUGAGCUGGAUGAAUCAGUGCUGGAACUGACAAGCCAGAUUCUGGGAGCCAACCCUGAUUUUGCCACCCUCUGGAACUGUCGGCGAGAGGUGCUGCAGCAGCUGGAGGCCCAAAAGUCUCCUGAGGAGUUGGCUGGUUUGGUGAAGGCAGAACUGGGAUUCCUGGAGAGCUGCUUGAGGGUGAACCCCAAGUCCUAUGGUACCUGGCAUCACCGCUGCUGGCUGCUGGGCCGCCUGCCAGAGCCCAACUGGGCCCGGGAGCUGGAGUUGUGUGCCCGCUUCCUCGAGAUUGAUGAGCGAAACUUUCACUGCUGGGACUACCGACGAUUUGUGGCUGCACAGGCAGCUGUGGCCCCUGCUGAGGAGUUAGCCUUCACGGACAGCCUCAUCACCCGAAACUUCUCCAACUAUUCUUCCUGGCAUUACCGAUCCUGCCUGUUGCCCCAGCUGCAUCCCCAGCCAGAUUCUGGAUCACGGGGGCGCCUCCCUGAAGAUGUGCUGCUUAAAGAACUGGAGCUGGUGCAGAACGCCUUCUUCACCGACCCCAAUGAUCAGAGUGCCUGGUUCUAUCACCGCUGGCUCCUGGGACGAGCUGACCCCCAGGAUGCCCUGCACUGCCUGCACGUGAGCCGGGACGAGGCCUGCGUGACUGUCUCCUUCUCUCGGCCCCUCCUAGUGGGGGCCAGAACAGAGACUUUGCUGCUCAUGGUCGAUGAGUCACCCCUGGCUGUGGAAUGGAGGACACCAGAUGGCAGGAACCGGCCCAGUCAUGUCUGGCUCUGUGACCUGCCUGCUGCCUCCCUCAAUGACCACUUGCCCCAGCAUUCAUUUCGUGUCAUUUGGAUGGCUGGUGAUGCCCAGAAGGAGUGUGUACUUUUAAAAGGCCGCCAGGAGGCCUGGUGCCGGGACUCAGCCACAGAUGAGCAGCUCUUCAGGUCUGAGCUGUCGGUGGAGAAGUCCACAGUGCUGCAGUCCGAGCUUGAAUCCUGUAAGGAGCUGCAGGAGCUGGAGCCUGAGAAUAAAUGGUGCCUGCUCACCAUCAUCCUGCUGAUGCGGGCGCUGGACCCCCUGCUGUAUGAGAAGGAGACACUGCAGUACUUCCAGACCCUCAAGGCCGUGGACCCGAUGCGGGCAGCGUACCUCGAUGACCUGCGCAGCAAGUUCUUGGUGGAGAACAGCGUGCUCAAGAUGGAGUACGCAGAUGUGCGUGUGCUGCACCUGGGGCACAAGGAUCUGACUGUGCUCUGCCAUCUGGAGCAGCUGCUCUUGGUCACUCAUCUUGACCUGUCGCACAAUCGUCUCCGAGCCCUUCCCCCAGCCCUGGCUGCCUUGCGCUGCCUGGAGGUGCUCCAGGCUAACGACAAUGCCCUUGAGUCUCUGGAAGGUGUUGCCAACCUGCCCCGGCUGCAGGAGCUUUCAGUGUGCAACAACCGCCUCCAGCAGCCUGCAGUGCUCCAGCCUCUUGCGUCUUGCCCCAAGCUGGUCCUCCUCAACCUGCAGGGCAACCCCCUCUGCCAAGCUGGGGGCAUCUUGGAGCACCUGGCUGAAAUGCUGCCUUCGGUGAACAGUGUUCUCACCUGAGAGACUACCCUCACCCCUGCCCUUUAACUUAUUGGGACUGAAUAAAAAUGGAGAGCCCCCCA